AUGGCGGAGCUCAAGGAAGGAGACACCGAACAACUACACCAGGAGGACGUCGAUAUAAAAGGUUAGAAAACUACGACUGUCUGUAUUUUAGUGAAAAUUAAAGACAACAUUAAUUUAUACAUAAUAAAAUAUACUUCCAGCAUCCUUAUUAUGAAGUAAAUAUGCCUUGAUUUCGACUUUUUAACUGCUGAAGUAAAUGAGGGCCUCACCACGGAGCUCCGCCAUGGGACCUAGUAGUAAAUAAUCUUGAUAACAGGAAAUAAGCUGGCGUGAAAAACGUAGUUAUUACAAAUAACGUACAUUUAUCGAACUGUCUUCACAUUGUAUUGAUUAAACACUUCGAUUUACAUUUGUCCUCCUUUUAUAUUUUACGUAGCAAUGGUCUGGUCACGGAGCUCCGCAAUAGGACCGUAGGGGUUGCAGCGGUUCACAAUUUCUAGACCCAACCUACUUACAUCAUCGCACCGCGCAUUUAAUUCUGACAAGCUAUAUUGUCUCUUCCCCCCUUUCCCCAAAGACAAUUUAAAAAUACGAAAGAAAAUCAUAGGAACUAUUUUAGUCCAGUGCAUGUUUCUCAUUUAGAAACCAGGUAAGCUUUUAACAUUUAUGUUGUCUAGGAGGCUAUGAGCAUCACUAACUUGUGUGACUCAACAAAUCUUGGGAAAAACACACAAUUAAUUAUUUCCCAAUAUACAUGUUUGAAAUGACUCUCUAUUAAUCAUUGGGGGUAUGAUAUUCUGAUCUAGUCCAGUCUAAACUUGUCCAUUAGGUGGUGGAGACUCAGACACACUGGUCCCGGAAGAGAGACAGCCUGCCGAGGAUGAUGUAUCUUCAGCAAGUAGUACUGUGGGGAAGACUGAGGCACUGGCAGGGGACAAUGAUGCCAAACCAUCAACCACAACCAGCGGUAAUAAAAACACCAUUCACUGUAUAGACCCAGAAAUGAGUCCAGUACCCAUACAUUAUUUGAAUACAUUCAGUUGCCUUUGAUUCUAGAUGAUGAGUAUGACCAUAAAUAUAGGUUUUUGUUUAACGAUCCUUUCAAUACUAAUGUUACAGAUAGACACAUCUCUAUCCAGACCAAACUAGAGGGCCUGGAGGCGCUGACCGACCUAAAUGGAGGUAAGAUUAUUUUUCCUAAAAAAUAAAUAUAUAAAGAGUCUUCCCUCCUAUGCUUUUGUAUUUACCAGUUCCAAUCUCUUUGCUCUAUCUCUCUCUCUGUUUUCCACAGCUGGGAGGAAGGCGUGUCCACUAUGCCCUGAGGAGAAGUUUAAGGCCUGCUACAGCCACAAGCUACGACGCCACCUCCAGAACCUCCACUGGAAGGUCUAUGUGGAGUUUGAAGGUACCACCAUCAUCACCACACAAAGAUGAUACUGCUAUACGCUCUACGGUAUGCAUGUGCGCAAACACACACACACACAGAGGAACUGGUGUUGUUGUCUUCCCACCUGCUGAGUCUCUACCGUUAGCACACGGCUUGGUUGACUCAGCUCUAUGUAGGUGUUAACAGGUUUUUGGAUAGUGAGAGGAUCAGUACUUUCCUUUCCAAGUUCCAUAUGAAUGGUAGUCAGAGCUAUCACACUUGGCACAUAUGUCAAUUCAACAUCUAUUCCACAUAAUUUAAGUGAACCAGUGUUUGCCAAGUGGGAUGUAUUUUGUAUUUAUAUUUUAGUCAUUUAACAGAUGCUCUUAUCCAGAGCGACUUACAGGAGCAAUUAGGGUUAAGAUUCGAACCAGCGACCUUUUGGUUACUGGCACAACGCUCUUAAACUGCUAGACUACCUGCCGGAUGUGAGCAGAACUGCUUUAGGAAAGUCAAUGAGUGAGUUGUGCAACUUGUAGAGAUUUAGGCUUCCUAUUCCUCACCAACAGUCUUGCCACUCUACAUGUUUUUAUGCCGACUGCAGAGCCCCAAUGGAAUCACUAGUAAAGGUUGUCAUAUUAUUAACUGUCAGUCAGUGGAGUGUAACACUGGAGUUAAAUGACACCCCAGUGCUGGCAGCAGUACAGUUAUGGGAAGGUUUUCAAGGGAUAUGGCAUAAACUGGUAUUACGAUGGGCCCUGAUGAUGACCUACAAUAACCUCUGACCCCCCACAGGUCAGAAGAUGUGCAUCUGUCACCUGCCUUGCAGACAGCUGAGGCCCAGCCCCAGCCCCAAUGGAGACCAGGUGAGACUCUGUCCAUCACACCUGAUAAAUAACACCAGAAAUGAAUGAGGGCCACUUGUCUCCACAGUGUCUUCAUUUUUUUCUUUCCAAAUCAACUCAAAUUGCAUGAAAGUGACUGUAUGAAGCAUGGUACUACGAUAGACGUGCGUGUGUGUAUGUGUUCUCCCCCAGGCUCCAGGCCGGCUGGUGGCCCAUUACCACUGUGUAGUGUGUUCUGUCACCAUCGCCCGCAAGACGGACAUGAUCAGUCACCUGAAACGCCACGUCAACAAGGGAGAGACUGAGGCCAGCUACUCAGGCAGCUCUGAUGUGCCCUUUGAGGAGCCAGGUGAGCUCUCACCAACCUUAACCAAAACACAAAACACAACCCUUAUAUACACAGUUGGAGAUGCAGAUUGAACAUUUAUUCUCUCGCUUUUUCUAAUUGGUUGACAGCUCCGUCCGGACAGGCCUAUGAGAUAAUGAAAGAGCUGGGGACAAAUGUUCAGCUCAUGCCCAACCAUACGACCCCACAGAAGACUGACACCUACUUCAACCGCAAGAUGAAGACCAACAGGUCAAAGAAUAUCCUCUUUAACAAUGUUCCAUUUGAUUUGGUUUGGUAACAGAACAGUGACUGACUGGAAGUGUUGGUGCAUGUGGGUUACAGGCAGCUAGUAUUCUGUUCCCUGGCAGUCCUGGCUGAGGAGAGGAACCCGUUGGAGAGUCUGGAUGCGUUUGGGGCCACAGGCAUUAUGGGGCUCCAGUGGGCCAAGCACCUGCGGAACGCCGUCAAGGUGACCAUAACCGACAUCAAUGAGGUGUGUGUCAAGAUGAUCCGUGAGAACUGCAACCUCAACCACAUCCGGGUGGAGGGGUCGCGGGGGUCAUCGCGGGUCCCUGACGGGGGGGCGGGGGACGUGGACGGGGUGCCCAUCGCUACCGUGGAGGUCGCCAAGAUGGAUGCCAACGUUAUCAUGCACCUGAGGUCUUUUGACUACAUGUGAGUAGGAGGAGCUAGGGAGGAAAUGUCUUAUUGAUAGGGGUGGUGGGAGGAGCUAGUGAGGGAACGUCUUAUUGAUAGGGGUGGUGGGAGGAGCUAGGGAGGGAACGUCUUAUUGAUAAGGGUGGUGGGAGGAGCUAGGGAGGGAACGUCUUAUUGAUAGGGGUGGUGGGAGGAGCUAGGGAGGGAACAUCUUAUUGAUAGGGGUGGUGGGAGGAGCUAGGGAGGGAACGUCUUAUUGAUAGGGGUGGUGGGAGGAGCUAGGGAGAUAACGUCUUAUUGAUAGGGGUGGUGGGAGGAGCUAGGGAGGGAACGUCUUAUUGAUAGGGGUGGUGGGAGGAGCUAGGGAGGGAACGUCUUAUUGAUAGGGGUGGUGGGAGGAGCUAGGGAGGGAACGUCUUAUUGAUAGGGGUGGUGGGAGGAGCUAGGGAGGGAACGUCUUAUUGAUAGGGGUGGUGGGAGGAGCUAGGGAGGGAACGUCUUAUUGAUAGGGGUGGUGGGAGGAGCUAGGGAGGGAACGUCUUAUUGAUAGGGGUGGUGGGAGGAGCUAGGGAGGGAACAUCUUAUUGUUAGGGGUGGUGGGAGGAGCUAGGGAGAGAACGUCUUAUUGAUAGGGGUGGUGGGAGGAGCUAGGGAGGGAACGUCUUAUUGAUAGGGGUGGUGGGAGGAGCUAGGGAGGGAACAUCUUAUUGUUAGGGGUGGUGGGAGGAGCUAGGGAGAGAACGUCUUAUUGAUAGGGGUGGUGGGAGGAGCUAGGGAGGGAACAUCUUAUUGUUAGGGGUGCAGCUCUGUAGCAGGAGACGUCACCUCUUCUUUCUUUUUUGUUCUUUAAAAAAAAAAUUUGAUUGAAUAUUUAAAACAUACAAUAUACUUGCAGUGAAGCCGCUCAACAACUACAUCACAUCAGUCAUCUAACAGAAUCCCAUCCAGAGCGACGCACAGAAGCAACCAGGGUCAACACCCUGCUCAAGGGCACGUCGACAGAUCUCCCUCAAGGAGACGUGUUCUUAUCUGUCUCCUCUGUUUAUCAACCAAUCACUCAGUCUAGAAGGAUUCCGAGCCCAAUGUUUUGUCAUACUCUUACAAUAACCCUAUUUACAGUAUAUUAUGGCCAGCAGUGGUUCUAUAGAUGCUUCAGAUUAUCCGUCAAACCGAACACAAACCAACUGUUGUUUCCAUGGCGACCCCCCUCAGACACCUGGACCCAUUCGGCACGGCGGUCAAUUAUCUGGACUCUGCGUUCCGGAACAUCCGUAACCUGGGCAUCAUCUCUGUGACGUCCACGGACACGGGCUCUCUCUACUCCAAGUCCCUGAACGUCACCAUGCGUCACUAUGGCUCGAAUAUAGUCCGCACAGAGUACUAUAAGGAGCUGGCUGCACGCAUGGUGCUGUCCGCUGUAGCCAGGUAUGUGGAAUACUCUCAGCUGAUUUACCACUGAAUGACUGGGUACGGGGAAAUUACUGUGUGUGACUGUGUGUGGAACAUUUUCAUUGUGUAUGUCUUUGUUUAACUUGUGUGUGUUUUUCUUUGGGGUGGCUUUGAGACGCUGCUGGCAGUGAGAGUGUAACGUGUGUGUGUGUGUGUGUUUCAGUGUGUAGUAUUUCAUGCAUCUGUCUCAUGCGUGUAUUCCUUCAGGGCUGCGGCACGCUGUAAUAAGGGCAUAGAAGUGUUGCUGGCGGUGGCGGUUGAACACUUUGUCCUGGUGGUCGUCAGAGUCCUCAGGGGUCCCACCCAGGCCGACGAGUCAGCCAAGAGGAUCAGACAGCUCAUCCACUGCCAGUGGUGUGAGGAGAGGGUGUUCCUCAAACAGGGGAGCAUGGUGGAGGGUAAGUAGGUUAAGUAGAGGGUACGUCUGGAAAUGGUUGAGGUGUUUCUGAGAGGAAAAGAGGAGGUGGAGGGGAAUUUGAAGUCACUCUGUAGUUUUUUUUCCUCCUACAGAAAACCUGUACAGACAACUGCCCUGCACCUGUCAUGGGAGCAUGCCUGGCAAGACAGCGGUGGAGCUGGGGCCACUAUGGUAGAACUUUUUGCAUAUAUUGGGUGAUAGCCAAUAUUUGAACCAGUGUAGUUCUGGUAAGCCUCCAUCUUUAAGUGUUUAACUGUAACCUGCAUGUGUUUUUCCCCCCAGGUCUGGCCCUCUGUUUAACACAGGGUUCCUGAGGAGGAUGUUGUUUGCAGCGGUGCAGCACAGUAUGGAGGAUAUUCAGCCUCUGGUCAAGACUCUGAUCUGUGAGUCAGAGUGCACCACCCUCAAGUCCUCUGUUCACGGGCACACUGCACUCACCAACCAAGGUAAUCUCCAGGGUCGUGGGUGUGUGUAUGUGGAGGGGGCGGGUGGGUAAGGUAUUCUAUUGACAUGUUGUAUGUUUCCUCUCCUCUCCAGUGGAAUGUGGUGUAGUCAUCAAGGUACAGAAGGUGGAAGAGUCAGGGACUGCUGACCACUCAGGUAACAAGACACACAUUCUGUUAUAAAGAGAGGGGCUUUCACCUGUCUACAACAAUAGGGCUUUCACCUGUCUACAACAAUAGAGCUUUCACCUGUCUACAACAAUAGGGCUUUCACCUGUCUACAACAAUAGGGCUUUCACCUGUCUACAACAAUAGGGCUUUCACCUGUCUACAACAAUAGGGCUUUCACCUGUCUACAACAAUAGGGCUUUCACCUGUCUACAACAGUAGGGCUUUCACCUGUCUACAACAAUAGGGCUUUCACCUGUCUACAACAAUAGGGCUUUCACCUGUCUACAACAGUAGGGCUUUCACCUGUCUACAACAGUAGGGCUUUCACCUGUCUACAACAGUAGGGCUUUCACCUGUCUACAACAGUAGGGCUUUCACCUGUCUACAACAGUAGGGCUUUCACCUGUCUACAACAGUAGGGCUUUCACCUGUCUACAACAGUAGGGCUUUCACCUGUCUACAACAGUAGGGCUUUCACCUGUCUACAACAGUAGGGCUUUCACCUGUCUACAACAGUAGGGCUUUCACCUGUCUACAACAAUAGGGCUUUCACCUGUCUACAACAAUAGGGCUUUCACCUGUCUACAACAAUAGGGCUUUCACCUGUCUACAACAAUAGGGCUUUCACCUGUCUACAACAAUAGGUAUUUUCAGACUGGAUGCUAUGUUGCUUUAUGUUGUAGAAAUGUUAUUCAAUAUGUUGUAGAAAUGUUAUUUUAAUGUAACACAGGAAAGAGAAAGACAGGAGAUGAGCCAGGUAACGUGGUGAAGAAGCUGAAAUCAGACGGGUCUCUGGAGCACCCAGCGUUCUACUACGGUAUUCACCGCCACAGCAUCAGAGGCAUGAACAUGCCCAAGUGAGUGACCCCUGAGCCCUAACACUAUGUCACAACUUUGACAAAGAUCGCUUGAGGUCGAAACGCGUCAGUUUCCAGGGGUUUUCGGUAGCAGUUUUCAAACUUAUAAAGGGUUGCCACAGUGCUUCCACCUUCCACUUUAGAGCUCUGAGGUUCUAAAUCAGGUUUAGUUGAUAUUAUGUUAUUACAGUCUUAUUACACAAAUAUAAGAGCUCAACGUAAAGUAUAUGUUCUAGCUCCUCUCAUCCAUCUGUCCCCCUCUCUCCAGGUUGAAUAGGUUCCUGCAGUACUUGACGGAGGCGGGCUUCAGAGUAAGCCGCACCCACUUUGACCCGACAGGGGUGCGAACCGACGCUACGCUGGACCAGUUCAAGUCAGUGCUCACCAAAUACAGCGUGCCCACCUACACCAAUGCCACGGCAACCCAAAACCCAGAGGAGACCGUACGGGCCAUGGAGUGACCCACCCUGGGGAGAAUCAAAGCCUCAUCACCUCCUCUCUGCCUCUCAGAGGUGACAUACGGGCUGUGUGCAUCUCAAAUGGCAACCUAUUCCCUAUAU